AUGGCCUGGCUACUACUACUUCGUUACCUUUUUCUCAGUCUUUUGGUCGUCAUUGACUCUUGUGUACUCAUCCUAUCUUCCACCGUUUUUUCUAUCGCCGACACUCACUCUGAUUACAGACCCAUCUACGUCUAUCUUAUGUUCCUGUCCAUCUUUACUAUAUUGUUUGUCUUUUUCCUGAUUGUGAUCGACUCGGCUCGCAAGGGUGCCCUACUUACUCAUGUCCUUGUUGAACUGCUCUGGCUGUCUGUUCUCUGGACGAUGCAUCUUGGCGGGGCCUCGGCCCUGACAGCUGCAUCACAAUGUCGAUGGACGACCUCCUGCUCUUCCACCCAGACUUCCUUGAUCGUAUUCUUGUGGCUCUCAGUUACCAAUUUGCUUGGUCACCUCGCGACACUUCUAAUAUCUGCUUUAAUGCAUCUCGACCGCGAACCAAACAUAUGGUCAACGAGUGUGCGAGACGUUCCAUGGUUUUCCUUCCGGCGUGUUGCCGCGUCCACUGUAUAUCGGAACACCCAGUCGGGAAAACACGAGUCCGACGCUCAACGCCCGUCACGCGCCGCCGGGGAGAACCCACAUGCCCUAUUCCCUAAUCGGUCUCUGGAAAACAACCCACGGGCGUGGCGAUCUCGUUAUACGAAUGAGUCGUUUAGCGAGCCAGCACCUAAUGAGAGGCACUAUGGGUUUGCCCAUAACAUGGAACCCUCAUCAAAUGAAGGACUGGUUCGAACUUCUGAGGAACCACCGCCUCAAACUAUUCCGAUCUCUGUCGAGCGUCUGGCCCCGCCUGUUGAUCGAAAUGCUCCAUCUCCACCUUUAAGACCCGACCACUAUGCCCCGCCAAGACAACACCGAUCGGCAUACCCUUCUCACGCUGUCGAAUCAUCAGAAUAUCCUGCGUUUCCUCUAUCAAACCCCCCUUCCGCGACGAGACAAAAUCAAACCCAAUCCUUGCCUCCGCGGUCAUCUGGCAACAACACCUCACUGGUGCCCAUGUACAGUGCGCCUACGCCACCUCCACGACGCCACCGAACAUAUCCAGAUGGGAGGCCGAUACCUGAUCCGCGGGCGCUACCUCCGACGCCUGCUGAAUUGAAUGCUUUGUAUCCGUCAUCCGUUCAAACUAUGAUGAGACCAAUGCCACCGACACCGUUGGAUCAGCCUCGGUAUCCAUCGACUCGGAAUGGGGAGGUAGAUUGGAAUAGUUUGUCGCCCGCUCAGCGGAUCGCUAUGGAGGUGCGAUCGAGGAAAAGCUAG